AUGUCUUCUAUCUGUGAAAAACCUUCACAGUUAAAAACGGAAGGCAGACAUGAGCUGGAGGAAAUGCUGAGAUCGGGGGAACUUCUUGGAGGGAGAGGCCAGCUUCCUCCUCCACCAGCGCUGACGCUGGGCGGCCUCGAAGGGGACAUGUGGGCCAGUGUGAGGAGCUGGGUGGAGAGUCAAGAGUCUCCAGCUGUUUCUGGACCCAGCUUCACAGGAAUCAAGAAUAUGGGCAAUGUGGUUAUCAAAUUCAAGGCAAAGACCCUCACCAUGGUAGCAAGCAAGGACUUGUUCUUGGAAGCUAAACAAAACCCAGGUUGGAGCUGCAAGCUGAAGGUGAACCCAGGCCGGGCCUGCACCUUGCCCUCCUCGGCCAGCUGCCCAAACUGUUACCACGGGGUUCACACACACCCUACCCACCCUACCCUGGACAAAUCCCAUUGUGAACCUCUCCUGCCCUGCCCUGGCCAAGCACUGGCAGAGGAAAGCCAGAGAAAACCAGACUGGCAGGCAGCUAGGCCUCAACAGCAAUUUGGGAAGGAGAGGGUGACCAGGGAGUCAUUUGGGUUUUCUGGAGCUAGAAAGUGUGCGCAGCCCCUUGGCGGCGGCUGCGACGGCGCAGAAGCGCGGGCGGCGGCUGCGACGGCGCAGAAGCGCGGGCGGCGGCUGCGACGGCGCAGAAGCGCGGGCGGCGGCUGCGACGGCGCAGAAGCGCGGGCGGCGGCUGCGACGGCGCAGAAGCGCGGGCGGCGGCUGCGACGGCGCAGAAGCGCGGGCGGCGGCUGCGACGGCGCAGAAGCGCGGGCGGCGGCUGCGACGGCGCAGAAGCGCGGGCGGCGGCUGCGACGGCGCAGAAGCGCGGGCGGCGGCUGCGACGGCGCAGAAGCGCGGGCGGCGGCUGCGACGGCGCAGAAGCGCGGGCGGCGGCUGCGACGGCGCAGAAGCGCGGGCGGCGGGAGGGGCUACCCUACGUCCAAGUGUCACUUCUUUGGAAUAAUCUCUCACCAUCAACAGAGAGAGGCUUUCCCCGUGGUGCUACCUAUCAUUCGGAACACCAGCGGAGGGUUUCUGAGCUUGGAUCCAACCAUCGCAGCCUGGGAGACAGAAUUCACACCCAUGAAUCACACUGACGAGGCCCAUCCUCCAACUUUCAGCACGAUGACCACGACCUUGUUCCUGCUGACGGCCGUCAUUGCCCUGGGAGGACUGGCAGGAAACGCGGUUGUGCUCUGGCUCCUGGGCUUUCACUUGCGCAGGAAUGCCUUCACCGUCUACAUCCUCAACCUGGCGGCAGCCGACUUCCUGUGCCUCUGCUGCCAAGUUGUAGAUUCCCUGGAGGCCCUCAUCGCCUGCUGCAGCGCCAGCCCCAUCCCCACCUUUUUCACCACUGUGAUGACCUUCGCCUACCUGGCGGGCCUGAGCCUGCUCAGCGCCAUUAGCACUGAGCGCUGCAUGUCCGUCCUGUGGCCCGUCUGGUACCGCUGCCACCGCCCCACACACUUAUCAACCAUCGUGUGCGCCGUGCUCUGGGCCCUGGCCCUGCUGCUGAGUAUCCUGGAGGGGCAGUACUGUGGCUUCCUCUUAACAGACUUUAGCCAUCUUUGGUGUCAGGUGUUUGAUUUCAUCACUGCCGGGUGGGUGAUGUUCUUAUUUGGGCUCCUCGCUGGGUCCAGCCUGGCCCUGCUGCUCAGGAUCCUGUGUAAGUCCCAGCGCGUGCAGCUGACCAGGCUCUAUGUGACCAUCGUGCUCACAGUGCUGGCCUUCCUGCUCUGCGGCCUGCCCUACGGCAUCCUCUGGUUCCUCUUAAUCUGGAUUCAGGAUGAUUUGUUUGCCAUCCCCUGUCACAACUGCCUGGUUGUCUUUGGUUUGUCCUGCAUCAACAGCUCCAUCAACCCCAUUAUUUACUUCUUCGUGGGCUCCUUCAGGCAAAGGCAGACAAGGAAGCGAGGGCGGCAGACCCUCAAGGUGGUGCUCCAGCGGGCCUUGGAGGACGGAUCAGAAGAGGGUGAAAGCGAAAGCUCCCUUCCUCAGGCAACCCUGGAGCUGGGACACAGUCUGGUGUCCUGA